CGCUGAAUUCCACAAUCUGAAGCAAAAAUGGCAUCGCCAAAGGGAUCGUUUGGAUAUAUCGAUUUUCUCGACUCGGAGAUGGUGGCUUUGGGCACUUCCGGGUCCAGCCGCUCGUUCAAAAUCCACAAGGGACUGCUGGGUGCCAAAUGCAGACUUCUUCAUAAAGCAAUAGAAGGUCAAUUCAAGGAGGGUCAGCCACAAUUAUAUGUUUGCCAGCAGACCUCCGAGGGCACAUUGGUGCGAUUCAUUGAAUGGGCCUACAAAGGCGAUUAUCCUGAUGGAGUGGAAGAGCAUGAAAUCGACCCGCUCUUAUCCUAUGCCGAGCUCUAUGCCUUCAGCGAUGUCUAUGGAGUGUCAGACUUGAAAAAGCUGACCUACGAAAAGCUCACUGGAUCCCUGCAUGCGCUGGGAAAGCCACAAGACUUGAAGAUGCAAAUCGUGGUUAUUACCAUGCUGGAAAUCGUCGCAAACAGACUUCCUUCCGAUGACACACUGGUGAAUUGGCUGGCAAAAUACACUGCAUGGUGUAUUGACCAUCUCCGUGGCAAUGAAUACUUUGAUAACCUGUGCAAUGCCUCGCCUUCGUUCUGCCUGAAAGUCAUGAACGCCGUCAAUCCUGCCCCCAAAGCUCCCUGGACCCCAGAACGGCGAGGCACCACUUCACGUCUGAGUCCCAAUUCCAUAUUCGAGGAUGACUAUUGACGAUUACCUGUCUUACUGCUCUGAUGUAUAUAUGUUGAUAUUGAAGUGACGAUAACGGGUUCAUGAUUAUCGGUUUCUGUCUGGUUUAUUACAAUCAACUCUUAUGCUUGAGGCCUCAUUAUCUGCCUCAUCUUUCAAUUUAUGACCUGUAUAUUUCCAUCAACUGUCAGUUACUUUCUAAUGGAAGCCUGUAUGUCUCUAGAUAUUGCUCCUC